GCGAGAAAGGGCGUGUUGCGCAUGCGCAGUGACUUUUCCCUAACGAGCGCACGCGCAGUGGCUUCGCCUAGUGGUCCCUGGCCAUGGCUGAGUGGACACCUGCCCAGGCUUGGGAAUGGGACGUGGAGCCGCAGCCCGCACCGCCGCCCUUCCAGCCGCCCGCCCUCUUUGAGCAAAGUGCCGAGAGAGAGGUCCACCCCGCGGCCGAGAUUUCCCUGUGGACGGUGGUGGCCGCUGUCCAGGCCGUGGAGCGGAAGGUGGACUCCUACGUCUCGCAGCUGUUGAGCCUGGAAAGCCGGGCAGCAGCGGCCGAGAAGAAGGUCUUUGAGUGCGAGAAGACGAAGCUGGAGGUCGGCGGCCACCUGGCCACCCUGGUCCAGCAGUACGGCCAGCUCCAGCACCGGGUGGAGAACUUGGAGAACCUGCUCAAGAACCGGGACUUCUGGAUCCUGCACCUCCCGCUCGGCCCCAAAGGAGAGGUCCCCAAGGUCCCCAUAACCUUCGACAACAACAGAGCGAACAUCUCCAUGCAAGAGUGGGCCAACCUGGAAGACUGGCAAAAAGAAAUUUAUAAGAACAUCACCAAAGGAAACUACAAGCCACUCACUUCCCUUGACUCGGCCAUUUCCAAAGUGGAGCCUCCUCCCCAGAGAGAAGCAGUGGUCCAAGAGUUUGCGGAGCGGAAGGGUCUCAGCGCCCUGCCCAAGACAGAACCAGAACUUCUGGCUUCCAAGGACGACCUCUUGUCUUGGAUCAAGCAAGAAGAGCCCCCCGGCAAGGAGAAGUGGGACCCCGAGGAAGAGCUUCCUUCCGUCCCUGGCUUUGCUGGCGUGGAGAGUCCAUUGGAGAUGAAGGUCCUGGCCCCCGGCUCCUCCUCUUCGGAGGCACCCAACAUGGUCAUCACGGAGGUCCAGGUGCCUCCAGACGCGACGGCCGAAGAGGAGGAGGAAGAGGAGGCGGUUGAGACGCCCAUGGAGAUGCGCCCGCUGUCCUCCCGCCCGCAGGUGCCCUGGUCCGGCUUCGAGAAGGCCUUCACCUUCGUGCGGCAGAGGGGCAAGAACGUGAUCGUCCAGUGCAGCUACUGCCUGCCGCUGGUCAAGCACCUCAGCUCGGCCUUUGCCUCCGCCUCCAACCUCAAGAAGCACUUGGAGAGAGCUCACCCCGGGAAGCUGAUCGCGAUUGAAAGGGCCAGAAAGGCCAGGCGACGUGGCAUCUAUUCUGAAGAACUGAGGCCGGAUGCGGACUCGGCGUUCAGCCGCCUCCCCCGGCAGCAGCAUCAGCAGCGGAUCCCCUUCGGCCGGUGGGGCUCGUGCAGUGAGACGCUCACCCAGCAGACCCUGGACCGGAAGGUGAUGGACUUCAUUGUGGAGGAGACGCUGCCGCUGGAGACGGUGGACAAGCCAUCCUUUGUCGGCCUGGUGCGCCUCGGCCUCCCGGAAGGGCUGUCCGUCAUGAGCGCGGCAACAUUGCGGGACAGGAUCGAGGGGCGGUCGCUGGCCCUGCGGGAGGCACUGGUAGGCCGCAUGGGGGACGUGGCGCACGUGGCGACCACCGUGGACUGCUGGUCCAGCGGCCGGAAGAGCUUCCUGCGGGUGGCGGCGCAUUGGAUCAACCCGGGCACGCUCAAGCGUGAGUUUGGGGCCUUGGCGUGCAAGCGCCUCCGGGGCCGGCCCUCCUACGCCGUCCUGGCUACGGCCCUGCGCGACGUCCACGUCGAGUACCGCAUCCACAACAAGGUGGUCUGCAUGACCGUCGACAGCGGCUCCAACUUUGCCGGGACGCUCCGCGUGUUCAAGAACAAGGAGACGGAGGCUGCGGAGACGUCCGAGGCGAGCGACGAGGACAGCGAGGACAAGGCGGAGGUGGAGUUCGUGCCCCUCUUCGAGAUCCUGGAAGCAGGGAACAAAGCUGGGGAGAGGACCGGGGACAAUGAUGGUUUGCGCUUGCCUCCCUUCCAGAGGUGCGCCAGCCACACACUCAACCUUGUGGCGACGUGCGACGUGCAAGGCUUGAUCUCCGAAUCGGCCCAAAACAGUCCCCUCGGCCUCUUCCGGAAGCACUUCUCCUCCUUGACGGCGAAGUGCAACAAACUGUGGCGCGAGCAGAAAGCUUCGCCGCAGAUGGCCGAGUACAUCCUGGAGCAGUGCGGGGCCUACCUGAAGGUGCCCGACCGGUCCAGGUGGGACUCCACCUACGAGGCCUUGAAGCAGCUCAGCCGGCUCCUCUCCGCCAUGCCUCUCCGGGUGGGCGCCGUGAUGGACCGCUGCUCCUUGGCCAGGGUGACGGCCGAGGAGGGAUUGGCCUUGCGGGAGUACACCGAGGUCAUGGCCCCGCUGGCCCAGGCCCUGGACAUCCUGCGGCGGGACAGCGGCAUGUUCAUGGGCUACCUGCUGCCCACGCUGUACAACCUGGACCGCAAGCUGCGGGAGCUGGAGCACCGGCCCCUGGGCUACACCUACUGCCUGCCCCUCCUGCGCGGGCUGCGGAAGGCCCUGCGGGAGCGCUUCGGGCCCAUCUGGGAGGACAAGAAGCUCCUCCUGGCCGCCUGCCUCCACCCGCGCUUCAAGGCCGACUGGCUGGAAUCUGCCGCCCGGGCCGACCAGACCAGCAGGUACAUGAUGGAGGCCUUGCUGAAGGCCGAGAUCCGGAGCACUGUGGCGGAAGAGGGUGCCGAUCCUUUGGAGCCGGACCCAUGCGCGGAGGACCUGGAGGAGGACUUCUUCAACCUGCAGCCACGUGGCCGGCGUUGUGGUGCGGACGCCGUGGACGAGGAGGUCUGGCGCUACUUGAAGGCCCCCGGCCGGGAGGCCUCCUCGCUCCACGCCUUCCCGCACGUCCUCCAGCGCUUCCUGCUCUACAACACUGGGCUUCCCUCCAGCGCCGCCGUCGAGCACCUCCUGUGCGCCGAGAGAUGCGCCGCGGCCGACGCCGGGAGACAGCCGUCCGACGACAGACUCUUCGAGCAGCUUUUCCUCCUGAAGCAGAACAAGGGAGCCUUUUAGGAGAGAGUCUUUCCAAGCCCUAGAUACAACCAAAGAAUGCUGUGUGGCGCAUGGAAGCCUUCGUCAAUACUAUGUGCAGAUAUGCUUUGCGUCCUUUGCUGCUGCACUCGUUAUAGACCGGCGCAGGAUGCGCCGGUCUAUAACGAGUGCAGCAGCAAAGGACGCAAAGCAUAUCUGCACAUAGUAUUGACGAAGGCUUCCACAGUUGGAAUCACUAAGGUGUUGUGUGGUUUCCACUGCUAGAACAUGGCCAUACAUCCCGGAAACCACACAACACCCCAUGACGUCGUUUCGGAUCUGGAAUCUAUUUGUUGUCAUGCGCAUCUGCAUACAUCCCGGAAACCACACAACACCCCAUGACGUCGUUUCGGAUCUGGAAUCUAUUUGUUGUCAUACGCAUCUGCAUACAUCCCGGAAACCACGCAACACCCCAUGACGUCGUUUCGGAUCUGGAAUCUCUUUGUUGUCAUGCGCAUCUGCAUACAUCCCGGAAACCACACAACACCCCAUGACAUUGUUUCUGAUCUGGAAUCUAUUUGUUGUCAUGCGCAUCUGCAUACAUCCCGGAAACCACACAACACCCCAUGACAUUGUUUCUGAUCUGGAAUCUAUUUGUUGUCAUGCGCAUCUGCAUACAUCCCGGAAACCACACAACACCCCAUGACGUCGUUUCGGAUCUGGAAUCUAUUUGUUGUCAUACGCAUCUGCAUACAUCCCGGAAACCAAGCAACACCUCAUGACGUCGUUUCGGAUCUGGAAUCUAUUUGUUGUCAUGCGCAUCUGCAUACAUCCCGGAAACCACGCAACACCCCAUGACGUCGUUUCGGAUCUGGAAUCUCUUUGUUGUCAUGCGCAUCUGCAUACAUCCCGGAAACCACACAACACCCCAUGACAUUGUUUCUGAUCUGGAAUCUAUUUGUUGUCAUGCGCAUCUGCAUACAUCCCGGAAACCACGCAACACCCUAUGACGUCGUUUCGGAUCUGGAAUCUAUUUGUUGUCAUGCGCAUCUGCAUACAUCCCGGAAACCACGCAACACCCCAUGACGUCGUUUCGGAUCUGGAUUCUAUUUGUUGUCAUGCGCAUCUGCAUACAUCCCGGAAACCACGCAACACCCUAUGACGUCGUUUCGGAUCUGGGAUCUCUUUGUUGUCAUGCGCAUCUGCAUACAUCCCGGAAACCACGCAACACCCCAUGACGUCGUUUCGGAUCUGGAUUCUAUUUGUUGUCAUGCGCAUCUGCAUACAUCCCGGAAACCAAGCAACACCCCAUGACGUUGUUUCGGAUCUGGAAUCUAUUUGUUGUCAUGCGCAUCUGCAUACAUCCCGGAAACCACGCAACACCCUAUGACGUCGUUUCGGAUCUGGAAUCUAUUUGUUGUCAUGCGCAUCUGCAUACAUCCCGGAAACCACACAACACCCCAUGACGUCGUUUCGGAUCUGGAUUCUGUUUGUUGUCAUGCGCAUCUGCAUACAUCCCGGAAACCAAGCAACACCUCAUGACAUUGUUUCGGAUCUGGAAUCAAUUUGUUUUCAUGCGCAUCUGCAUCUAUGGAAGUGGUUGGACCUUUUUCCCCCCAAAGGCAGGAUUAACCACAUUCAGUUGCCUCCAAUGCGCAAUGGCGCAUGUGUCAAUGAACUUCAGUUGUGUACCCAGUCGCUCAUGUUGGACCUUUUUUGUCCCGCAAAGACAGAAGUGCAAUCGUGGAGAUGAGGAUCAAUCACAUUCAGUUGCCUCCAAUGCGCAAUGGCGCAUGUGUCAAUGGACUUUGGUUGUGUACCCAGUCGCUCAUUGGACCGUUUUCGUCCCGCAAAGACAGAAUGGCCGCAUUCAGAAGUGCACUUGUGGAGACGAACAUGGGUGACGUCUUCGGUCAAGCAUCCAUUGGUUUGCACAUUCAGACAGGCCAUAUCUCCCUUUGGCACAACCAAUGCGCAACCAUGCCUCUAUGGAGAUACAUGCCUAUACACAGAAGCUGGAUGGCUAUCUGUUGAGGGUGCUUUGAUUGUGCUUUUCCUGCAUGGAAGAAGGGGGUUGGACCAGAUGGCCCAUGUGCUCUCUUCCAACUCUAGGACAUAUUCUAUGACUCUAUGAAUGGAAACUCUCAGCCGCCUUAUUUUUCCCAUGUUCAUCCUGACUGUAAUGCAUAGCAUAAAAUGUUGCUCCUCAGCACUUGUGUACCUUGCUCUUAACACACACUCCACCACAGCAGGCUAGGUUUAAACAGUUAAUUGGCAAAAGAUAGCAAAGUCUGAAUAAAAAGCAGUAAAGAAAGCAAACUUCCAAAUGCAAUAGCAGUCCACAAAAUCAAUAUAAUCCAAUAGUAAAACAAUAUGCAGAAUAUAAUUCCAAGUCUCUGAUACAGGAAAUUAGUCCUGAAAGCAAAGUACCCUGAGCUUCAGAUUAAAGUCCAAAACACAUUUUCCAGGCAUGAACAUAAACGAGAAUCCUUUCCUAUGAGCUAAGACAAGGCAGGAGAUGUGCUUCCAAGAAUCAAUGUUGCUACAUCUGAAAUCUCUCUCUGUUUCUCUUGUAUUUACCAGUGUUUACAAGCCAGAAAGGCAUUUCUCUGCCCUCAAAUUCCCAUGCGUUUGCCAGCUAUUCUAAGGGAGCAUCUGGGGCGAACCUUUAAUCUUAACCUUGUAUCUCUAUCUAAGGACGACUCCUCUGAGUCACUGCCUGAAACACCUGGAACUUGUUGACGUUCAACAGCUGGGAAAGGUCACCCUUAUCAUUAGUUUCUGUUUCAUCGCUGGCCUGUGGCCUCAUUGACAGUUCUCCAUUUCCAGCAUCAAACAAAUCAACAUUUCCAGCAUCAGAGCCUUCGAGAUUCCUCUCUUCAGCAUUGCUUUGGUCAGCCUGCAAAACCCCAAACGCCCUUUCGUCAACAGACUGAACCACAACAUAACGGACCUUCUCUAUCGGAAGCUCCAUGAGUACUUUAACCAUCGUGGCUGCAACCUUAUGGCAUCCGUCAGCUUUGAGGUUUAGCAUGAGUCAGGUAGGCACCAUUCAAUCUCCCCCGACGGAUGGCCACUCAGCUUUUUCUUAAAAACCUCUAGAAGAAACUUCAACUGAACUCUCAGGCAGCCAUACAUUCCACAUCUGAACAGCUCUGUCGGGAAGCAAGUGAAAUCUGCUUUCCUGCCAUUUGAACCCAUGGCUCUGUUGUGUCCCAGUCUGUGGAGCAUCGGAAGACAACUCCCUCCUCAAUGGGACUCCCUUCCAAAUAUUCAAACCUGGUUCUCGUGUCUAAUUCUCUUGCUCUUCGCUUUCCAAAGCAAGAGCUGCAGAGGUUCAAACCUGAACAUCCAAAACCUAGGAAGCAGAAGCCUAAACCCAUGAUGAACGUGGUAUAUCAAUGACUGUGUGGAGCAGGGUGAGCUCCCACAGUUAGCCCCAGAAUCCAUCUUUCUCUCUCCUGUGUGACUCAGCGUGAGUCUCUGCCUAUGUUGUAUGUGACUAUCUCAUGACUUUGAUUAUUUGCAAGUAAAAGAAAAGUGGAUAUGCGUAUCCUGUAUGUAUAUUUUUUGUAUAUUUGCAACUGUGAAGAUUAAAGCCUCCAGAUAUAUUGCAAAGAGUGAUGCAUGAGCCUUUCAUGGGCUUCAAACUCGCUUGCAGGAACACUCUCACUCCGUACUCCAUGCAGGGUGUACAUAGCAAAGGAAAAGCACUCUGCACAUGCUUGGAUGGAGGCCUUGCUCUCCCCUAUUCAAGCUAUUGAUAGGGGGAGGAUUGCCAAUUCUCCCAUGUGAGUUUCCUCUCCAACCAAAAACACAAAAUGGCAUUUGAAUGUGAAUGAAAUAAUGCAACCGUUGUGGUGCAGUCAGCCUUUGCUCUGUUGUGAAGAUACUUCUUUUGCUUUUGUUGACACCAAAACAGUAAAUGUUUGCUUUACUAUGCCUUUUAGUGUGUGUUUUCUUUGCAGUUACAGCUACCAGCGAUGCCAUCUCGGGGACGCUGGGAGUUGCAAUGCAACUUUUAUGCUUUUAGUGUUAAUUAUUAUUUUUAUAAUCAUUAUUUGUUAUUUCUAAUGGAUAGUAACCUCUAAAUAUCAAAGUCAAAAGUAUGUAUGUACAUAUGUACGUACAUGCCCAUCUGUAUUUUAUAAGUGUUUUUUAUGAAUGUCUGAUGUAAUUUAAUAACUUUCUAAUUGAUUCACAAUGUAUUGUACAAUUUUAUAUAUGUGUUUUAUUGGAAGCCGCCCUGAGUCCCCGAUUGGGUGAGAAGGGCGGGAUAUAAAUAUUGUAAUAAUAAUAAUAAUAAUAAUAAUAAUUAUUAUUAUUAUAUAAUAUAUUAUAAUAUAAUAUAAUAUAAUAAUAAUAGCAAGCCAUCAGAACAAAUGCAAUCAAGGCCAAGAUCGAAAAAUCAGCUGAUGACCCAAAGUGCAGACUGUGCAAGGAAACCGAUGAAACCAUUGAUCAUAUCCUCAGCUGCUGUAAGAAAAUUGCACAGACAGACUACAAACAGAGGCACAACUAUGUGGCCCAAAUGAUUCAUUGGAACCUAUGCCUCAAGUAUCACCUUCCUGCAGUUAAGAACUGGUGGGAUCACAAACCUGCAAAGGUUGUGGAAAAUGAACACGCAAAGAUACUGUGGGACUUCCGAAUCCAGACUGACAAAGUUCUGGAACACAACACACCAGACAUCACAGUUGUGGAAAAGAACAAGGUUUGGAUCAUUGAUGUUGCCAUCCCAGGUGACAGUCGCAUUGAAGAAAAACAACAGGAAAAACUCAGCCGCUCUCAGGACCUCAAGAUUGAACUUCAAAGACUCUGGCAGAAACCAGUGCAGGUGGUCCCGGUGGUGAUGGGCACACUGGGUGCCGUGCCAAAAGAUCUCAGCCGGCAUUUGGAAACAAUAGACAUUGACAAAAUCAUGAUCUGCCAACUGCAAAAGGCCACCUUACUGGGAUCUGCACGCAUCAUCCGAAAAUACAUCACACAGUCCUAGACACUUGGGAAGUGUUCGACUUGUGGUUUUGUGAAACGAAAUCCAGCAUAUCUAUCUUGUUUGCUGUGUCAUACAACGUCGUUGUGUCAAUAAUAAUAAUAUGUAUGUUGGUUGGUUUGUUCCACAAAGGUUCCGCCUGUGGCUUGAUAGAUCUGCUAGGUCAGUGGUUCCCAACCUGUGGUCUAUAGACCACCAGUGGUCCGCAAGAACUAAAAUACGGUCCAUUACUGUAUUACAAUGAGAGCAAAAACUCAUUGUCUCGCAAAACUCUCUUAAAGUGCCAAAGAAAUGGGGAUGUCGGAAGGGAAGAGGUUGAUUAUCCAUGAAAGGUGCAACAAGCCUCCUGACUGCUGCUUCUCCUCCUCACUCAAGUGGAGCCACUCCAUGUGGCGCCUGGAAGUGGUGGCACCUUAGUGUCUUUUGUUUUGAGGCACAUACAUCCCAACCUCCCCGAAUUCGGGCACAACCUCAAACCCAAAGCAUUUCAGUCUGGACAUCCAUCAAGGGGAUAAAUUUAUUUGCACAGCUAAGGAGCCACCGUGGCACAAUGGUUAAACCAGUGAUGGCCAACCUAUGACACGCGUGUCAGCACUGACAUGCUUAGCCAUUUUUGCUGACACGCUGCCGCAUGCAGAUUGAUUGGAUGACUAUGUCUUUUGUGGCCAAAUUUGGUGUGAUUUGGUCCAGUGGUUUUGUUGUUUACUCCAUGGGAAUUAUGCACAUAUAUAUAAAAUAUCAUUCUAUUAUUAUUGUAGUUUAUUAUUAUAUUAUUGCUAUUAUAUUACUAUUAUAUUAUUCAUUAUUCAUGACUACAUUGAAACUACAAUAGAGAGAAAUCAGCGUGGAAACUGCAAGAGGUACCAUAGAUUGUUGUACAUGGAAAUAAUGGUAGUAAAUAGUUUUUGAUUUAUUAAAUACAGUUAUAUAUUGCAA